CUAUCAGCAGGAUUCAGUUAUAUGUGACCAUUCACUAGGGGGAAAAUCUGAAAGCAGUAAUCUGGACAGCACAGGGGAUAAAGACAACCAUCCUUAUGCUACAGUACUUGGCCUUGACAAAAAUCACAGUGCUGAUAGAAUUGAGAUCCCAGUUUCUUUAUUAGAAAGCAGACCAGAAUUAUCUCAAACAUUAAGCACUGAUCACUGUCUGACAACAGAACUGCAUAUUCAGUACAACCCCACAGAAGCAGAACCAGCAGACUACCAUACAGAUGAAGCAGAGCUUUCUGAGCAGCCUUAUCGUCUUAGCCUCCAGUCCUUGCAGAAAAAAUCUCAGGAGUAUCGAUGGCACCAGCGGAUGCUUAGGAAUCAAGCCAAAAAUAGUAAAAUCCAGGAGAAGACCCAAGAACAGCCAAGAGCAAGGGCAGAGGAACAGAGCCUCUCUGAUAAGGAGAAUGACGAGUUCCCUUACAAGAGGACUGUGACUGCAGAGGGAAAGAAAACUAAAGAGGGUCGAGGCACUUUUAUACCGACAAUGGAAACAUCACCAAAGAAAUCAUGGGGAAAUGAUAGGAUAAUUGAGAGUGAGUUGAUUGGGAAAAGGGCAAAUGUUAAAUCUGGCAGCAUGCAUUUAACAGAAGAUGGGAAUACUAAGCAAAUGACAAGUGUUCAGGAAGAAACAAUGUUCCAAAAUAAUAAGCUGAACAGCUCACACGAUGUCAUAGCAGAGCCUAAACAAAUUAGCGCCUUCAUCCAGCAACACCCCAUGUCAAAAGAAACCUCCACGGUUCAAGAAGCUUUUUACUCAAGCACUGGUCCCUCAGCUGUAGGGAAGUAUCAUUCUAUCCCAGCCCCUAAUUUCUGCAGGAGUCCUGUUCGUUGCAAAAGCAAAGGCACUAUAAAAGGCGGAGAAGUUACUGAUGGGGUUAAGACCAAGGAGGGGACAUUUGUAGUCAAAGCCGGUUUAAAUGAAGAACAGAGUAAUAUGGGACAUCACAGAGCAGUUCCUUUUACUGUGAAUCUCAUGGUUGAGGGAGAUGUAACAAAUGGUUUAGCCAAGAGUUCACAGCACAUAGAUCAGCUUGAGUCUAGCUUGUCCAGUUUAAAAAUACUGAUCUCAGAUCUGGAGUCUACAGUGAAAGAAAACUUGGGGAAUCACAGUCAAACUGAGACCAGCAUGCAAAGCGAGUUGAGCUUUAAAGGCAUUGGGGAUUGUCAGCAAAUUGAAAAUGAUAAACACAUGCAGCUUUGUCAAGGUGACUGCGACUGUUGGGAGAACGAGCUGAGAGGUGAUGGCAACGAUGCAGAGUGCAGCGGGGGGCUGAGAAGACAAUCACUCCACAAUUGUAAAAACACACAUGAAGAUGCAGGACCUGAACCAGGCUUCGAUGACACAGAUGAUGUUCCUCUCAUAGCACAGAGAAAGGGAACUGAGACAGCUGAAUUAAGCAAACUCAGGACAGUCAAAAUCUUAACAAUAGAGAGUCAAAAGGACCAAGGGACAGGAAAAGAAGGACUAACUAAGAUGUAUGGCUGUAGAAAGCAGCAGCCGUCUGCUAAAUGUAUCCGGUCUGUAGCACAGCAGAUGCGCAUUCCCGACGUAUUCCGAAAUGCUCCAUCUGAAACCAAAGCUCCAUGUAGUGCCUCAGUGCUUGUGGAUACCAGCAACCAUCAUGACUCUACCCACUCACCAUCUCUUAACCAGUCGUAUGAUGUGGACACACCAUCUGACCUGUGGCUCCUUGAAGGAUCGGGCUCUGACUUGGGCUCUAAAGGUCAUCUUGUUCAGGAGAAGGAUCUGACCCCAGAGAGUGGAGGCGAAGGUCAGGGCGGACUGUCCAAGGUCAAACGGAGACUGGUCAUGCACGUUUCACAGGAGACACAGGAAAGGAGUGCAGAUGUCAGCAGAGGAGUUGGUUCAGUGGUCAGACCCAGCUCCAGUACUCCCAGAGCUGCAGUGUGGCGGUAUGAAGACCAUGGCAGUCCAAAGGGCAAGCGAGAGCGACUACAACAGGCCCAUGCUGCUCAGAUCAGAGCCCUGCAAGAUGAGCACAGGAGACAACAGGAAGAACUACUGCAGGCGUUAGCAGUGCGUUACCGUCUCCUCCAGAGCGUGUCUUUCCCCUGCUCCUCGUCAGCCUCACGUCCUGGGGACACAUUGACCUUUUCUACCCUCUCUCAGCCAUCCGGCCCUCUGUCAGAGUGCUACCGCCCCCUGCUGUCAGCAGCUGUGAAGGGUUUUUUAACUCGCAGGCUGCUGAGGACUGAGAGAGUGGUGCAGCUGGUGCGCACCAUCAGGGACACACAACAGUUCCUGCAGGCCUUCCAGCAGCAGAGCCCCAGCAGAGGAGCGUUCUGUAGCAGACAGGACCUCUUACUGCAGGAGAGAGUCACUCUGCAGCUGCGCGCUGCACGUUAUGAGGUCUAUGACAUAUUCUUCAGCCUGUCUGCCAGAGAGAGGAUGCAGCUGAUCAGCUGGGACAGAGAGCUGGCUCGAGAGAGAGCGCUCAGACGACAGUUCAUGGUGCAGUUGGUCACAUGUUAG